GGCUCUGCUACUACGACCGCGCCAUCUAACUACAAUGAGAUGUCUCGAUUCUUCUGUAUCGAUAGGUCUGUAUUGGGUCAGAAUCGCAGACGCACUUGCCGCUCUAGGUGCGCGUUCGUUUGGUUCAUGACGUAAGACUGUCGCAGUCGUUCGUGAAACGUGAAGCGGGUAUAGUCGUUGUUAGCUCGCAUGUGGCUGUACAAGGAAGAUCACACUCGCGAAGGCGACUUAUAGAUGAAAAUUCUUAGACUCGCGCCGCCGUCGGAUACGAGGAACGUUGUCUUUGUCGCCGUCACGUUGUGAAUGCGAUAACUUCAUGCUAAAUUGGACGAUGAGGACCAGAACUUGGUCAUGUCAACUCUGUUUUAUGAGAUUGACAGAGAUUUAUGCUCCGUCGACGAGGACACUUGCAUCCCAAACACGAUCGAGCGGGUCGACUCGACGGUGACAUAUAACGAAUUUUUCUCCAAGUAUUUGGCAUGCAAUAGACCAUGCAUCAUUGACUCGCAGGCCACUGAGAAUUGGCCGUGCAGGCGCGAAUGGGUGUUGGAGGAUGCACCUAAUUUCGAGGUGCUCCAAAAAUCCUUCGGACGCUCCGUUGUCCCAGUUGCCGAUUGCAAUAGAAAAUUUUACAAUUCGCAAUUUAAGGAUGACAUGUCCAUGGAAAGUUACUUGGACUAUUGGCUCAACUAUAAGCGGAAUAAUUAUUCGAAAACGAUGCCAUUGUUGUACCUCAAAGAUUGGCAUUGUGUAAAAAGUUUCCCCGAUAUCCCAAUUUACGAAGUGCCUCAAUAUUUUGUAUCUGACUGGUUGAAUGAAUACUAUAUCGCUCAUCCAGAGUUAAAUGACGACUAUAUGUUCGUGUAUAUGGGUCCCAAAGAGUCAUGGACUCCAUUGCAUGCAGAUGUUUUUGCAUCAUACAGCUGGUCUGCAAAUAUAAUUGGAAAAAAGAGAUGGCUACUUUUUCCUCCUCAUGAAGAAGAUCAUCUUCGUGAUGUUUACGGGCAGUUAGCGUAUGAUGCGGUUUCAGAUGAGCUUAAUGAUCGUACAAAGUACAAAACUUAUGAUAGCACAAAGUUAAAAUAUUUGGAUGUGAUUCAAGAAACAGGAGAGAUUAUAUUCGUGCCAUCUGGAUGGCAUCAUCAAGUUUGGAACUUGAGAGAUACAAUUUCCAUUAAUCAUAACUGGAUCAAUGGCUGCAAUAUCACCAAUGUAUGGUUUGCAUUGAAGAAGGAACUGAGAUCUGUCAUGAGAGAAGUUGAUGAUUGUAAGGACAUGAAAAAUUGGAACGAACAUUGCCAAUUGAUGCUAAAAACAUCAUACGGCAUGGACUAUAAGCAGUUCCUCGAAUUUAUAAUGUUUAUUGCUAAGAAUCGUCUACAUGCUAUGGUCAAAAAAAGUCAAGUUAUAAGCUUCAAUAAGUAUCUUCUUGGACGUAAUCAUUGUCUGUUUGACUUGCGGGCAUUAAAAAAUGUAUUGGAAAAUUUUGUCAUAGAUGCGCAGGACCUGUCUAUGUACACUUUAAUGUGUAGAAAUGACGAAGCUCACGUAUUACUAAAAAACAUCACCUCGGUUCUUGAAUCAUCCUGUAACACCGAAAAUGUAAUUUCCCUAUGAACACAAAGCAAUAUACAAUAAAUCAUUGAUAAUUGCUGCAAAUUA